AAUAUUGACACGAUCGCUAAGCUGGGGGCUCGUUGGAGGUGGCGUACUUGAGACUCACACAGAUCUUGAGGGAACAGAGGCUUGAGCUUAGCUUUAAUAUAGAGCCAGGAAAAUAUCUACUGCAACUUUAAGCAUCUUCAGCACAGGGGAUCUGGUAUCCCAGUCCCGGAGCCAUAGUGCGGCUUUAUUAGAUCAGGCAGCAAUGUACAACAAGUGAAUUAUCGUUUCUGCCAUCAGCGAACCAUUCCAUCAUUUUUGGUCUCUCUUACUACAUCUCUCUCUUUCUCUCUUUCUCACUUACUCUCCAUCUCUCACGUUUUCUCUUAGUACUUGCUCUUGAUCAGAAGAAACCUUCAUUUAGGGAGAAAAGAUGCUCUGGUGGAUCGAUGGAAUGAAUAAUAGAGAAGCAGGUCUGUGUGGGAAUCCACUGUGAAGUCAACCUCCAGAGGGGCAUGCAUGCAGGGGAGAGCUAGAAAGAGAGUUUGUAUUCUGCUGAUUGUCUUGCAAUCAGUCACCACACUCUGAAAUUGUAUUAGGAGCAUACCUUGCUAGCUAGAUGGAUUCCACUGCCUGCUUUAUUGAUUAACGCUUGUAUGAAUAAAUCAUACGCAAGUCUCCAAUUCAAACUGGGAAAGGAUAUAUUGUCUUUCGUAGGAGGAGAUGUUGGAUUUGGGACAUAAGUUUUAAUCUGAUUGGAAAGUGGAAAGCGCAAUACUGGCACAGCUAGCACUCACGGCUAAUUAGGCCACUAGCACCCAAAUUUAGAUCCCAGUGACGACAUCAAAAGUUUCCAAGGCUGAACGAGAGGCUAAUCUAAGGCAAGUUGUCGGAUUCUCCACAGCUAUAGUCACAGGCUACGUUGACUACCUUCUAACACUCGUCAUUGUACCAUCACUGUCUCGUGUUAGCUGGAUAAAGGAGUAUUCAAAAUGGAGAUUAUGGGGCUGAGUAUCUACAUAGCUUUGUGCUCUGUUCUGCUGCUGUUCUUAGGGGCGCCCAGGGCAGAGGGGUGUAGCUGUGAAGGGGCACACCCUCAGCAGCAAUUCUGUAGAGCUUCCUAUGUGAUUGGAGCAAGGGUUCUGAAGAGAGAGUACAUCCCCAAGAAUCCCAGAGGUCUUGGUUUCAGCACGGGACUGCUGGGUUCUGAUCAUGCUGCCAUUGAGCCCCUAGGUGAGAGGACUCGUCCCUACCCUGGAACGGGUCUCCAUCGACUCCCGGAUGAACGACUAGAAGGCGAGCAGUUUGGUGAUGGAGGCAGACAGUUGCAGGACCUGGAACCUUUGGAACCUCUUCCCUAUCCAGAUGGUCUAGGGCCUCCCAUUCUACCUGAGGCUGCAGAUCCUUUCCAGAAUGAUGGAUUAUUUGCCCCCAUUCCUCAAUCAGAUGGGCUCCAACCCUUCCCUCAGAAUGAUGGUCUAGAACCCUUCCCUCAACCUGCUGGACUCCAACCCCUCCAGCAACCUGAUGGGCUCCAAGCCCUGCCCUUCGAGGGUGGUCCAGAACCACUAGGUCAGCCUGAGGGUCUCCUACCCUUACCCCAUCCAGAGGGCCUACAACCGCUCCCUGAGGAACCCCACACCCAUGAGGCAUUACCACCCUUGCCCUUACCAGAGGACAUGAAGCCUCUUGAGGAUACCAUCACAACACUGACAACUCCACCUCCAGAUUUAGUGAUGACAGAUGAAUCCCACACCAUGACAACCCUUCCUCCACAGGAGAAACCUUCCAAUGAAACUGUUCUGUUGGAGCCUACAAUAGGUGCCGAAGAGCCCAUAGCAGAAGAGGAGCGCAUCAUCGACCCUGAGAGCAUGGAGGCCUGGAACUAUAAGAUCAUCUACACCCUCAAACUGAGCCACAUCUACAAGACAGGGAUGGGGCAAGAAGGUUGGAAGCAAGGUGAUGAAGUACAGGUUGAUAGCUCUGCUGCCUCUAGUCUGUGUGGCAAGACAGACCUCAAGACAGGAAAGAACUACCUCAUUGCAGGUUCAAGUGCAAACCAAGUAGUGCUCUGUGACUGGGUUCAAGAACAUCAUAAGCUGACAACCAGACAGAAGCAGGGUCUCAAGACAAUCUAUGGAAAGUCUUGCGAUGUCUGCCAGGUAAGUGUGUGACAGAACUAUCUUCAGGGGUGUCACUAUAAAGAAAAGUAGGGGGAUAGGUGACACCCAAACUAUUCAAAAUGUCUAGUGACACCACUGACUAUUUGGGGUGCCAAGACAGGAAAGAUAUCCUGGUAAGUGAGCUUCAGGGGAACCGGUAGGGCUUCAAGUCCCAUCUGAUGUACUCUGUAAUGUAAAGGACUACUAGUGCAUAUGAUUGGUCUCAAAUCCAAGUUACCCUGUUUCUAAGAUCUUUGCCCUAUCCUCUAAACCUUACUGCCUCCCAAUAUGUGACAAAAGACUAAACAAGAUGACCAAAUUCAAAAAGACAGGAUAAUCAAAUAGCCAACUAGGUUGCUGGCCAGGAAGAAGAAGAAUAAAAUGCCUCAAUUUGGGAAUGGUUUGUCACAGAUCUAAAAAAUGUAUCAGAUUCCUUCUGAAAUCUCAACUUGAAUCAAUUAAUACAAUCUAUAAUAUGGUCUUAAAACUGGUUCACUGCUACAAAUGAGGGAUUGACCAGUAAUGAACUUGCUUUACAACUAAUUUCUUGAAAAUGUGACCCAAAAGUUUAGUUCUUUGAAGAAAAUUCAAUUUGUACACUUGAAAGAAUUGUCACAGUCUACAUCAAAAGACACUGCAUAUAUGGCCUUCACAUUACCAAUGGUGUCUUUUUUCCCCCUCUUUAUCUCAAAACUGCUAGAUCCAUUCCUGUACGUCAAGCAGACACUGCAAGAAACCCAAGGAGAACCGAGCAACCACCUGUCUGUAUGAUGCAUCUCAAGUCCACAUAGGGGACGCCUACAGCCCUUAUGACUGCAUCGCAUCUCACUCACGUUGCACCAUGCGGCAUGGACACAAGUGCAAGUGGCAGAAGAACAAUGACUACCAUAAGUGUGUCAAACACCAGCUUCCUUGAAUAGAGGGACACUGAUGUACCCCUGGCCCUGGUAGGAGGGCAACUCCUGUACCCAUAUUCCAAGAGUAUGAUAUUUCAAAGAGUUUACCCAAGGACUUUAUCAAAUUUGCCAACAAGUUUGUAUUUCUUUAUUCUUCAGUUCAACUAAAUGAUACAAAGUUUAUCACAGAAAUACAUAUCCAUUAGUCUAAAUAGAGAAUGAAUAUAUAUUAUCUCCGUAAUUAAAGAAUUUAUGCUGUGAAUAUUGUAAGACAUAGUAAAAUGAUAUACUGGUAACCAUCAAAGUGGAGUGUAUAGUACAAGAUACUAUGAAAAUGCUACAAUGUAGAGAGUGGCCAAAUAGUCAUUUUCCUGGUCAUUUUCCUGAAAUAUUUGAAUCCUAUAUGAUGUUUUUUUGUACAAAUAAAUAUACUAAGGCAUAUUUAACAACAUUUGCAAUGCUAACUUAGUUACUUUCCUAGUAAUUUACUUUUGAAAUGUUUCUUAAACCUGUUUGUUAAAGAUGCGUUAGAGUGAGCUCAGGCGAGACGAAUCCGUCUCUCUUUUUCUUGGGCAUAUUAUAUGCUAUUGCAGGGAUAACUGCUAUGAAACCACCAAAGUACAACCAUCACUAUCAAUCAAGUAUAUAAAUAAACUUACAAAUAUACCCCUAAAAAUCAUCCAUGAAUAUUAAAAAAUUUCUUCUUAUUUGUGUUUCACUUUCAGAGAAUAAAACUUUCCACAAAACUGCACUAUGCAUCAAUAAAACCAGUUCCAGGCUCAUUUUAAUUCCCACUCCCUGAUAAAAUGCCAGCUUUAUGUUUUUUAAACAAAUUUGCAAGGCUAACCACCAAAUAUAUCAAUAAAGUUGAAUAAUCAUUCCUCUAGUUCCUCAAAUUUUCUAGAUUUCACUGACAUUCUCAUAAGAAAAAGUAUAAAUCCAGGUGUGUAAUAACAUGUCUCUAUCUUAAUAAAUCAUAUAAAUAAUAUGUGAAUGUAUAUAUUUCAUGUGAUUUAUAUUGUACGUUUGUUUGCUUUGAGCUAAGAUGUACAAAUAUGUUACCCAUAAAUCAUGGCAUAAUGUCAAAUGCCCACUUUUGUGAUUUGAUGAGCUCUGAAGCUGUAGCUUGCUUUCAAGUUGAGUGGGUUUUUAAUGCAGUUAAUGAAUUGAGUUGUACAUUGUAUCAAGUCUGGAGUAGGUAAACUAAUCCAUGGAAAAAGAGGGGAGGAUUAGCGCAUCUUCUUCAGAUUAUAUUCAAAAAAAUUAAUUAAAUAUGAUUUUGUUGGUGAUGGGAAAAACCCAUUCCACCUGAACUGCAGGCUAUAGAGCUUGUAAAUAAUGCUCCAUUUUAACAUCAAGGAAGCAGGUGGGUGUUACAAAAGUCAAAAUUGAAGUUGAAUAUGAUGUGAUACAGAUUAGAUUGAUUUUGUAAAGUAUCAAGUAGCUUGUAGUGUGAACCAGUACAACUGAAAUGGUUUUAUGUGUAGCAUACAAAUACAUAUUGACAUGUUUGGGGUAUCUUACAAUACUUAAACUACAUGACUGACUUUUGUAUUACAUUGUUUACCAAAUAUUCAUUGUUAUUAGAGCUUCAGUCUGUACAUAUAUCCAACACAGAUACAUCUAUCAAAUGAUUCCAUGGUCAUGACCAAAUUGUUGAUAACUUUUAACUGUUCCAUGCACUUUUAUGCCUGUCAAGUACAAAAAGGAAAUACUUUGAAGACAUAAAAAAUAUCCAGUGUAUAUCUGAAAAGUUGACUUUCAGUGCACAUGUACAUUUACUUCAAAUACCAGGGCUAGAAGAUUGCUACAGAUCCAUUGGCAAACUUUGAUAGCUGAAAGGAUAGAAAUAUGGUUGAAUCCCAAAUUAUACACGAUAUAUUGGUCAGGAAGUAAGAAUAAUAUCUGGUGCUUACUCCAAAGUAGUAAACAGACCUAUGUUUGUUAUGUUCACUGUAAAAAGGUGAUUUCUUUAAAAGAUCAAUGAAGGAAAAAUAUGACUUCAGUUACAAAUUAUAUCUACAAACUAGUAUUUGUUUUUCUAUCUUUGUGACACCACAUGCUGUUGAUGAAUUUAAUAGGAUUAUUUUCCACUCAAAAUGUAACAAAAAUAUGCAGUAUCCUAGUUAUGUAAUGUUUUUCCAUGUUUGUAAUACUGGCUUUGUUUACAUCUCAUUUUCAAUUCAACUAUGUAGAGGAUGUUACUGACAUGUGUGAACAUUGACAGCUGGAUAGCUCAGAUAUUAAUGUUCAUUGAUAUAUAUUGAUAUUGUCAAUUAAAGUUAUAGUAAAUAUACAAAUAUCA